AUGAAGACCUCAACAUCUGAAGGAAAACACGGAAUACAAUGGACAGCUCAGAAUCAAUUAGACGAUUUGGACUUCGCAGACGACCUAGCCCUCCUAUCACGUACACACGAACAGAUGCAGAUGAAGACAGCCAGUGUAGCAGCAGUCUCUGCAUCAGUAGGCCUCAGCAUACACAAAGGGAAAACCAAGGUCCUCAAAUUCAAGGCGGAGAACAGCAAUCCAAUCACUCUUGAUGGCGAAUUUCUGGAAGAUGUAGAGUCCUUCACAUACCUGGGAAGCAUCAUCGAUGAACAAGGAGGUUCAGAUGCAGACGUAAAGGCGAGGAUCGGCAAAGCAAGAGUCGCAUUCCUACAAUUAAAGAACAUAUGGAACUCAAAACAACUUUCAACCAAUAUCAAAGUGAGAAUCUUCAAUACGAACGUCAAGGCAGUUCUACUGUAUGGAGCUGAAACUUGGAGAACUACAACAACUACAAUCAAGAAAGUACAAGUAUUUAUAAAUAGCUGUCUACCCAAGAUACUCAACAUCCAUUGGUCGGAUACCAUCAGCAAUAGCCUACUGUGGGAGAGAACAAACCAACUUCCAGCUGAAGAAGAAAUUAGGAAAAGACGAUGGAAAUGGAUAGGGCAUACAUUACGCAAAUCGUCAAACUGCAUCACGAGGCAAGCCCUAACUUGGAAUCCUGAAGGGAAGCGAAAAAGAGUAAGGCCAAAGAACACAUUGCGUCGGAUAAUAGAAGCAGAUAUGAAAAGGAUGAAUUACAACUGGACGGAGCUGGACAGGAUUGCCCAGGACAGGGUUGGAUGGAGAAUGCUGGUGAGUGGCCUAUGCUCCUUCACGAGGAGUAACAGCGUAAGUAAGUAA